GGGGGAAUGAUCAUCACCCAAAGUGUACGGCCGCGGAAGGGACAAGGAUUCUUCUCGACAUGGCUCAAAGUCACCAGCUGCCCUUCAGACUUUCUGUCUGGGCAAUUCUCCUCCUCUUUCUGAUUACUGGAUCCCAGAGCCAAACAGAUGAGCAAUUUCACCUUAGGAACCGUACAGAUAAAGAUAUCCAAGAGAAUGCUGAGAUCAUAUUAGAGUUACUUUGGGGAGGAAUUGAAAUUAUGGCAAAUGAGACCAUCAAGGUAGAAGAUGAAGAACUGGCCACUCUGCGUCCUGCAAAGCGCUUACUCUGGAUCUUCCAGCAUAAAGUUCCCAAAAACCCAUCAGGAAUUGAAGAAUACCUGGAUCACUUCUCUCAGUCUGACACCCCUAUCACUCCAGAGGAAUUUGAACAGCUGGUUUUCACUACUAUCUUUACUGCUUACCAGAUUCGCCUUGUCCAAGGCCUGGAUAAAAAUCUGUGGAUCAACCUUUUCUCUCAGCUGGUCAAUGAAAUCCUCCGGGAGCUCUGCAAACAAUUCUGUCCUGAGGAACUGACUGAUUCUGUUCAACAUUUAGCCUCCAGGCCUUGGCAGGAAAUGCCUUCCUAUGUUAGCGCAUUGAAGAAAUUCUAUCAGCCUAGCUUUGUUAUGACUCAAGGAAACUGAUUUUCCUGUGUAAAGGGCAAAACCUGAGUUGUCUUUCACCCCAUAAUAUGCAAACUAAAAUAUGUUUGAAGUUCUUUGAUCUCUGUAACAUUAUCUGAGGCUCUGCCUGGACCAAAGUAGCAAUCUUCCUGCUUCAUUUUCCCAAGUUUAGUAGACAGUCAAAGUCUUUAGUGUAAUCUGAUUUAGGAGAGCCUUUCCCAAUGACCUUGAAAUGUACUCUAAUUUACAACACCCAGACAUGACUAGUCUGACAAAGAAUUCUGGGGCUUGUAGUCCUGACACAUAUGGAGAACACCACAUUAGAAAAGGCUGGUCCUGGAGCUUGGACACUGCUUUCCUUCUCUCUCUAGAGCAGGGGUGUCAAACUCAAGGCCUGUGGCCCAGAUCCAGCCUGUGGGGUGCU